UUGAUCAGAUUUUUAAAUUAGGGUUCGUAUAAAAAAAUUAUUAUAGACCAGGGUGGGGAAUAAAAAUCCGCUUUUGACAAAACAAAACCAGGCCCAGGCGUGCCCAAGCGCGAUACUCUUUUUAUUUCAUCACGCCACCAAUAAUUCGAAUUAAAAAAUUAAUGAACUUCGCUUUCUGGUUAAAUGGUAACCCAACCCCAGGGUUCAGAUCUCAAAGCACUGUCAUAGCGGGUCAACCGGCAUUGACGCUUGCCUGCAUAACUGUCACCCUUUAACCCUUUUGUAAAUUGUUUCCAUUCUGCAAAAUUACUUGUUCCCCUCACAAAGCCCUGUGGAAAGAUGCAGAGAGUGUUGCUAGAUUUUGUGUAUUGAUAAAUUUUGGUUUUUGGGUUGUCUAGGUUUGGAUUCGCUCUGUUGCAGUGGUUUUUAGGGCUUUUCCUUGUGUUUUUUCUUUGUCUUUGGCCUUCUGUCCCUGCUUUGGAGGGCUAAUUGGAGAGGUUUGGUGAUUUGAUGUUGGCUUGAGGAUGCGGUGGCCGUGUAUUGCAGUGGACAUCUACAGAACUGCUGUUUUACUGAAUGUGUUCUGCAGAGUUAUUCUGUAAAGGAGGAGGAGCAUGAAUAUCCAUUGCUGUUUUUGUUUAAGUCUUGUUCUAGAUUUUACUUAUGGAUGCUAAGUCGGUUAUCAUUCUCCCUCGCUCCUUCUGUAGGGUUAGCUGAGUUGUAAUCCUCAAGAAGGGGUUUUUGCUUCUUGUUUCAGGCAUUCUCGGUUCUUUUUUCGGCAUUCGUAGAGUGCUUGCAGGGCGGCUUGUUGGACUCGGUUGUUUGGUUUCCUGUUUGUUGGCGGAUUCUAUUGUUUUUGCUUUGCUGUCGGUUUUGUGAGUGAGGAGUCUGUUUGGGGUUUGUGGGGAUCUGUUUUAGGGUUUGAAGGGUACAGUUGUGGUGUGGUGCAAAGACGGCGGUGUAGGGAUAGAGAGAAUUGGUGGAAAGGGGUGAUAGAAGGUAUGGUGUGCCAAGCAGCUAGCCAAACGAGAUUCCGUGCAUUGAAACAUGAGUGCGGUGUUGCGGGGAAUGCUACCAUUGUUGUCAGAGUUAUAGCGUGCUUUCAACCAUUGCAAGAUUGUCAGGCUGAGUAUUUUCGUCAGUUGCUGAAGCCUGUAACGUAGAAGGGUUGGCAUCUUUAGUGUUUUUGCCAGUUUUUGAAUACGCUAGUUAUCCUCAUCAAGCAAAAGUGAAUGUAGUAUGAAGAAAAAAUGGGUGGGAUAAUGCGGUUACCCUCCUCAAGCUGGAACUUGAGAUACUGUACAUUAUAAAUGUCUGCAAUCUUCGCGCAUUGGAAUACAUACUAGCUGCCGAAGAUUGUCACUUUUUGUUGAUUAGUACCAGGAACUGUUUCAUUUAAUGGAUAAUCAAAAAAAGGCUACAUACUGUCUGAAUCUGCCAUGGCAGGGAUCAGAAAAGCUCGGCUUAGGUCCUACAGUGCCCUGCAUGCAACCUGAAAACUACGUUGUACCAGAUUUGACAAGUCUGAAGCCCCUGUCACAGGCAGCCUUUUUCUUUGAGGCAUUUAAGUCGACCACUUUGAUAAGCCCGAGUUAUCCAAACUCUCAGAUGUUUUAUGCUGAGGGCUAUACAAAACCAAAAUCUGUUGGUGUCGAUGGUGGGUCUGUAGCUUCUUCUGCCGAAGAGUACAGAGUGGUUAAUGGGAUUGAAGAAAGUCAUUUUCCCCAAGCACUGGAAUCCUCGGCACCAUUCUUAAAACUAGAAGCUUCUGUAUCCAGAGAUCGGGACCAUGGGGUAAGUGUGGAGGAUUUGGGGGCAUGCAGUGGCCUGCAUCCUGAGAAAAUGAAUCUUGGCUCUUCUGCAUCAUAUCAAAAAAGAUUUAUAUUGUUUGACCAGACAGGAAGUACGGGCCGUAUCAUUUUCCACCCAACCCAGUACUCUAUGAAAGAGAUUGAUUCUCCGAACAUGGACAGAAAAGAAGUAAUAACGAGUUCCAAAUUAUUACCUACUGAAGGCAACUACUUAGACUGGAAGGCUGGUUGUCACGAAAAUGAGGAAACUGUGGUGGCCUUGGCUUUUGCAGCAUUGCAAAAGACAAGGGCAUCUAGAUGGAACUCUAUUUCUCUUGGCAAUUUUGGCGAUGAAUUAAUUCCAGAGUCUGUGGAGGGGGAGGUGGAAAGUACUAGCAGGGCGAGUUACCAUGUAUUGAGGCAAGAAAAAGCUCCAAGCUCUUACAGUGAAAUGCAUGAGGAUACUGAAGAUCUGGAAGCUUUGCUAAGCUCUGAUGAUGAUGAGAGUAGCACAGGGCACUCUCCAAGUGAUAUAACUGGAAAUGAUGGAGACAAUUAUGUGGAAGAAGAUUUAGUAGAUGUAACUAGUUGCAUUUCCGUGAAGCGGCGGAGGAUUGACACUAGGGAAUGUGUAGAAGAUGAGGUUAAUCUCAUACCUGCCCCCGCCAAAGAACCUUUUGAAAAGUUAAUGAUCAAUGAAAAAUCUCUUCCUCACGAUAUUUCUGUUGUUGACACCUCAAGUUGGGAGCCUGUUGUUGUACCAGAAUAUCUUGACAAUGUUGAAGAUAAGAAAUCUCUUGAGAAUGUUGAAGAUGGUAACUACAAUGAUGAUCUAUUGUGUGGUCAUAGAUCCUACGGCAAGUCUGAUGAAUGUAGCUCCAAAAUCAGUGGUAAUGAACAAUUCCAAACUUUCAAACGCUUAACUUCAAUAUCAGCUUCGUGUAAGAAAUCAAGGAAUGAAAAUAUUAAAAGAACUGUGGAACACCUGAGAAGUAUAAUUCCUGGUGGAAAUGGCAUGGAGACUGCUGUUGUUUUGGAUGAAGCCAUUCAGUAUGUGAAGGCGCUUCAGCAAAAAGUGAAAAGAAUGGAGGCAAAUCAGCAGGGUGUGAUGGAGUGAGUUGCACUUGCCAAUAGUUGUGUAAUUUAUAUAAAAAAGCUGGCCAGGUCAUGUAAGCUGCAGAGUCCGUCUGCAAUCAUUAGUUCAGAUCUGGGUUUCCAAUUAGUAAUCUGGCAUCUGGCAGGACUGAAACAGUAUUAAGGUGUUUUAGAUUUAUAUUUGGGUAUAAGUAUAAUAUUUCAAAAGACAUAUUAAUAGUCAUAAUGCAUGCUUGCAUUUUUAUGCAGCUGUGACCAUAUAAAGCACUUCUCUCUGUGGAAGUAUUACUGGGUCCUAGUUAUUAUCUAAUUCACAAUAUUAUCAAAUUUGGUCAAACAUUAGCCCAGGGUGGCUUGGCAGAAUUUGUCUGAGUUUUCUUGGUGUACUGGAUUUUUUUCAUUAGUUAACUAAUUGAAAGGUUUCGACA